AUGUCCAGCCCAUCCAAAGAAGAGGCCGGGCUGAACACGCCUCCUAAGAGCAACGGCCUUGAGAACACUGUACCCAACAUUGAAGCACCCUUCGAGACCGAUCAGAAUGUAGAAGCCCCGAAGCUACCGAAUCAGGAGAAGGAAGUUCCCAAACCCUGGACUGGCUCUGAUAUCGAAGAUCCCGACAAAGAGUUGGAAUUACUCAUCAUAGAGACAGUCCGCACUGUUCGGGCACUCUGGAGCGAGGGUGAACAAGAACAUUUCAUCAAGCUUGACAGGGCUCGAGCACGAGAACGACAAGAGAUGGAGAAGCACACCAGACAUCACAAGAAAACAAAGACGCAGGAGCCGACCGUUGGAACACAGGAAGACGUCGAAGAGGGGAAGCAGACAGAUGAUGCAGUAUCCCCCGGAACUGACGAUAUCCUCGAUCUCGCAUCUGCAGUCGCCGAGACUCGAAUUGUUCGGUAA